AUGGAUGAAACAACGGUUGAUUCAAUUUUUUCGGGAUCCUUGAAAUCCUUACCGCCUGUCAGUUCGAAAAUUGUGCGGAUAUUUACGAGCUCGACCUUUACUGACACAACAAUGGAAAGAAAUACUUUGAUGGCGCAGUGCUAUCCCAAAAUUAAAGACUAUUGCAGAGAAAAACAUGGCUUAGAAUUUCAGGUGGUUGAUAUGAGAUGGGGUGUACGUGAUGAAGCUACUGACGAUCAUAUGACUACAGAGCUGUGUAUGAGAGAAAUAGAAAAUUGUCAGAGAUUGUCCAUGGGACCCAAUUUUGUUGUAUUUCUUGGACAAAAGUAUGGAUAUCGUCCUAUACCAACAUAUGUUCUUAGUUCAGAACUAGAAAUGUUAAGAACAGAAUUGGACGGUCAAGGAAUGGAUGUUAGUCUUUUGGAUAAGUGGUACAAGAAGGAUAGCAAUGCUGUGCCACCUACAAGUAUAUUGCAACCGAUCUCAUCUAUUCUUAAAAAUUUUAACAAUAAAAGAAUACCUAAACUGCAACAAGAGGAUCAAGCAAUCUGGUGGGAUACUAUGUGCAAAAUGCAAAAAUUGUUCAGGAAGGGCGCGCAAUCUUUAUUUAAUUCCGGGAAGUUUGACAAAGAUACAAUGCAUAAUUAUUUCAUGUCUGUGACUGAGAGGGAAGUGAUUAAUGGCGUAUUGAACGUUAAAAAUACGAAAAACCAUUGCCUGGCGUACGUGCGAUAUAUAAACAAUAUUAAUCUCCAAAAUCUAAGGAAGGCCAGUCUAUUUCUGGAUAUAGCUAACAGAAGUUUAGACAAUGAAGCCUCGAAAUUGUUGGCCGAUCUUAGAGAUGAACGGCUACCGAAUAAAAUUGAAAGCACGAAUCUACAGAGGUACACGGUCGAAUGGAUAGGAAGAGAGGGUCUGGAUCCUGAAACCCAUGGCGAGUACCUUCAGCAUUUCAUCACUCACUUUUACAGAAACAUAGUGAAGCUUGUAGACCGCGCCAUGAGGAAGGAAGACAAUUCCGCGCAAGGACAAAUAAUAACCGAGAUUUUGCAACACCUGCACGCCUGCAAUAAUUCUGUAAAGGUAUUUUACGGACGCGAGGACACGUUAGAGAGAAUAAAAAAUUACAUGCUAGGCGACAGCGAUAAGCCAUUAGUGUUAUACGGAGAAGGAGGAUGCGGGAAGACUUCCCUUUUAGCGAAGAGCGCAGGUUUGACGAGCAAUACUUGGCUAACUGGUAAGAAACCGAUCAGCAUAAUUCGAUUUCUCGGCACUACUCCAGACAGCAGUGCGCUCACGCCCACGUUGAUCUCAAUCUGUCAACAAAUCUCAUACAAUUAUGGAUUAUCGUUUGAAGAAAUCCCAGACGAUCUGGUGCCGCUCACAGCCUACUUUAAAUAUUUGUUGACCUUAGCUAACACUCAACAGCCUAUUCUACUGUUUCUGGAUAGUGUCGAUCAGCUGACAGGUGUACAGGGUAACAAAUUAUCGUGGUUGCCUACAAGAUUACCACCAAACUGUAAGAUGAUUUUAUCAUGCGCAGCAGAAGAAUCAAAUCCAGUGAUUUCGAGAGAUUAUCAGUUGUUACGUAGGAUGAUAGACACCGAAGAAAGCUUCAUCGAGGUAACUGCCUUGGGCGAGGAUUUAGCUACGGACGUGAUAAGAAUGUGGAUGAAAACAGCCAGAAGGGAUUUAAAUAACUAUCAAUGGCGUUUGGUGGCGAACGCUAUAUCGAAAUGUUCCCUACCGAUUUUUGUGAAGCUUGUAUUCGCAGAGAUUUGUCGAUGGCGUAGCUACACAAAACCGGCGGACACGCACUUAGCUAGCACAGUGAUGGAUAGUAUAAUGAUGCUGUUCGAGAGGAUUGAGAAGCAGCAUGGCAAAAUUUUGGUCUUCCACGCUUUGGCUUAUAUCACGGCUGCCAAGUCCGGCUUGUCGGAAUCUGAACUAGAGGAUCUGAUUUCCUUGGACGAUAAGGUUCUCGACGAUGUUUAUCAGUACCAUUUACCACCGGUGAGACGCAUCCCACCUCUGCUGUGGACCAGAAUACGGAACGAUCUGCCCAAUUAUCUGAGUGAAAGAGAAGCGGACGGUGUGAGCGUGUUAAACUGGUACCAUAGACAAUUCAGGGACACGGCCAAAGAGCGAUACUUUAAGAAUAUGAACAUGGCAAUGUAUUUUCACUCGAUGAUUGCGGACUACUAUCUGGGAAUUUGGGGAGGUGGCAAACCAAAGCCUUUCAAAUACACCGAGAUACAGAGACAUCGAUUCAAUUUAACAGACAAGGAAGGUGUGGCAGAUAGAAAAGUGCCGGAGCAACCAUUAGCGUUUUAUUCAAAGGAGGGAACUAUCUCAAGAUAUAAUUUACGAAAGUUUGGUGAAUUACCAUUUCACUUGGUAAGAGCAAGGCGCUUUAAAGAUCUCUUCGAAAAUGUUUUAUUCAAUUAUGAAUGGCUGCACGCUAAGCUAAGCUCUUGUCCCUUGCAAGCUGUGCUUUCUGACUUCGAAGACGCGUGUAACUUUGUUGAUAAUCAAAGUUUGGUCAGAGAACUUAUGUUAGUUGCUGAUGCUUUGAGAUUAGGCGGUGCAAUCUUGGGAAAUCAUCCUGACAUGCUUGCGCCACAAUUGAUCGGUCGAUUGUUGCCGGAGAUCGGUGCAAAUGUUAAUGUAAGAAUGUUGCUUCGAGCGUGUGAUCAUGACGGUGUUAAGAAUUGUGCUCUGCUUCCUCUUUAUCACUGUCUGCACACACCUGGUGGACCAUUAAAAUAUUCGUUGGAAGGUCAUCAGUUUGCGGUAUUUGGAUUUUGCUUAACAUCGGAUUAUCGGUACAUUGUAUCGAUAUCCAAUAAAUUUAUCACCUGGGAUCUGAGUACCAGUGACAUGACUAGAGAUGUUAAUCCCGGCGUGGAGGGUAUAAUGCAACGAUUAGUCUUAAGCCCCGACAACAGAUAUGCUGCGGCUUUUACGACCAAUUAUCAAAGUGUCGUUUUGAAUACCUUGACGAGCGAAUUUGUCGUUAUCGACAAUCCUUUACCGAAUGGGGACGCAGUGGCCGGCGUGCAUUUAAUGAAUCAGUACGCCUUUAUCUACGGGAAGCUAGGCUGGUGUAGAUUCGACUUGCGAGGAAAUCUGCUUGAUACUCACAGCAACCCCGAGGAUUCCAAUAAAUGGCCAAUUUUAUGUAUGGAGUAUACAAAUCUGGAUCUCUACAGAAUUAUAUUCUGGUCGGGGAGCCUCGACGACACACGUAUGCUUUUGCAUACUUACAGGAAGAAGACAUCAUUGGAUCCGUUCCAGUUUCACAGUGCUUUGAUCAUGACGAAGGACAAGGAUACUUUGUACGCAUGUACGAACAAAGAUGAUUAUAGAAUUACGAAAUAUAAAAGCGAUGAGACCUCAUCUUAUUGGGAAAAAGUUUUCGACAUGCCGCGAGCGUACAAUGACGACGUGGAGUAUCUGUUACAGCUGAAGUUGGAUAGAGAGGAAGAAAUGCUCUUGGCGACGACCGGAAAUGGAUUCAUCGUGUGGUUUCUGGAAAGUAAAAGCGACGCGCAUGUUUUAAUGUUGCCGAACGGAGUCAGGAAUAUCAAUACACGAAUGAUGUGUUCGAACUCUGUUAUGGUCAGCGGCACCAAGAAUUAUGCUGUUGCUGGUGUAAGGAAAAAUCUGUACGUUUGGUCGCUCGAGACGUCUGAUUUGGUAAAGAUACUAGAUGCGCACUUUGCAAGGAUCAUUCAAUUGGAAGCGUUGACUGUCGGAAAUUGGAAUAGCGUUGUAACGUCGAGCAUUGAUAGAAGCGUCAAGGUGUGGAAUAUCAACAAUAUUUUCGAACAAGUUCACGUCAUAGACAGGCACGAACUACAGAUAGACAUGUUAAGUUUGGCCGAGGAAGGUAAUUUGGCCGUUACAGUUACCAGAGAUUGCGUGGGUGUUUGGGAUUUAUUAACGGGUAGACUAAUAUCGAAGCUGGCUGACAGUCCAUUGGGAGCAAUUGUUACACACGCUUGCAUUACGCAGGACAGCAAGUAUAUUGUGUCGACGGAAUCAGGCAAUGUUCUCAUUUGGAAUAGAAUUACGGAGCAAGUAUUAUUCAAGGAGGAGCAAAAGAACGUCAAGCAGUUAACAUUGAUAGAAAAGUCAUCGAAGUUCAUAGCCGUUUCGAGGCCUAAUAAUCUCACGGGAGUAGAAAACGUGCGAACUAUGGCGAUUCUCGUCAUGAGAAGUAUUCCUGAUGGUAAAACAAUAUUCUCUUUGGAGUAUCCUGUAAGAAGUAAUACCAGUACACCCUUCCGACAAGUGGUGAUAACAUCGGAUGAUGCUUUUCUGGCUGUACCAGCGGCUGACAAAGGCAGCAGGGAUUGUGUUAUAAUUUAUAGCGCGAAAACAGGAGCACUGAUCAGCAAAAUACCUAUAAAGUUGCCCGGAUUUAAGGAUAUUGUGUGUAUUACACCGAUGCCUAACAAACCCCAAUGGAUAGGUAUCAUUGGUUCCGAUAAAGGUACAAUUCUUGAUAUUAACAAGAAAAAGAUUAUACGUACGAUUCCAAAAUGGAGCGGAAACAUCAGCAAGGAUGGCAAAUACACUUUGUACGCGCCUAGCAGAGGUGGUCUCGAACUCAUAGAAUUAAAGAAGGGUACAAGCGUAAAAACCUAUAUACCAAAGGUGGCUGAAGGAGUGUUUACUGUUAUAUCAAUGUUUAAUCGUACAGACGAAUAUGUGUUGUAUUAUCAUAGCGGACGAAAAACAAUUAGAGUUUUCAGAUCUUCGGACUGUGAAAUAAUAGCAAAUUACAGAGUACAAGCUGAAUUAAGUGCAAUCGAUAGCACGCAUGAUGGUAAGAGCAUUGUUUUGGGGACAGUCGAUGGCUGCGUGUCAGUAUUGGCGAUAGCUGACCCUCAGAAACCUGAGAUGACGGAAUAUCUUGAAAACGUGCCGUCUCGUGAUGAAGAGUGGAAGAAGAAGACCGAGAAGCAUCGGGCGGCGAUAAAAUUCAAAGCUGCUGCUCGGAUCGCCCGCGUGACGCACGAUUUGUCCACGAGCGUGAAGUCAACUGGCGAUGUCUCGCAAACGAUCGAGGAAGCGGAUGAAAACGCGGAAUGA